UUUUGGAACCCAAGGUUUGGUGUGGGGAAAACAAGGAUGAAGGAGCCCUCAUGGAAUUGAUGGAAAGCGGAAAAGUCAGGAAAAAAGAAAUUGGAAAAAUGAUGAUGGAACCCGAAAAGCCUAAAAAUGGUGACUUGAACGGAAACAAUGAAGCCCUGACUGAAAUUAACUGCGUCCAAAAGAAGAAAUUGAACGAAACUGACCGGAAAAAUGAACUAGCAAACGGAAAAGAUGUUGAGCAAGUUCAAUGGAAUGCAAUCCAUGAUGAACCAUUGAACCCAAUGGAACGCAACAUGAAGACUGGAACGGAUGGAAAAGGAUCGAAAUCUACGGAUAUCACCAAUGCGUAUAAGUAUGGUAAACUCAAAGGUAUGAUCAUUGGAAGCAAUAAUGAAGAACGGAUAACAUGCAGCAGUGCUAUGGAGUUUGAUGUCAAACAAGGUCUUUCUACUCCGAAGGGAGUUCCUUUGGCCCAUGUGCUUAGUGGUUUUGGAUCAAUUGAAAAGAGGCCUUUUAAGCUGGACAUUAACUAUAUGAAUCCAGGAAAAGAGUCAAUUGGAGAGGUGUUGCAGGAUCAUUUCUUUGAAGGGGCAGAGAAGCUUUUAGAGAUAUGGUUCACUACUUUAUCAGGAUACUGGACUGCUCUGGAGAAAUUGCUAGGUACAGUUAAUUGUGAGAUAAUUUCAUCAAGACAUAACAGCGAGAUAGACGCAUAUCUUCUCUCUGAGAGCUCAAUGUUUGUCUCGAAAAGAAGGUUUAUUCUGAAGACCUGCGGUACAACCACUACCCUGCACUGUCUGGAUGAACUGUUCCGGCUUGUACAGCAGUACACAGAGUUUGAUGCAGUACAGAAUGUUUUCUACUCAAGAAAGAAUUUUGAGCGACCGGAUCUUCAAAAAUGUCCCCAUCGGCAUUUUGAACAGGAAGCCCAAAUCCUUGACAAGUACUUCCAGGAGGGAAAAGGGUAUUGCAUGGGAAGCUUGAAUAAGAAUGAUUGUUGGUAUUUGUACACCUUAAAUUCUUGUAACAGGUUUGUGGAGAAUAGAGGAGAAGAACCUGAUCAAACCAUAGAAAUACUAAUGUCGGAGUUGAACCCUCAGGUUAUGAGUAUAUUUACCGAGAAGAGCUCCAAGAAUGGACGGGACUGUACGAAGAAGAGUGGAAUAGAUAAACUGGUUCCUAGUCUGGAAAUAGACGAUUACCUGUUCUCCCCCUGCGGGUACUCCAUGAACGGGAUCCUGGACACGGAUUCUGGUGGAAGAGAGGAGUAUGUAACCAUACAUAUAACUCCUGAACAAGAAUUUAGUUAUGUCAGCUUUGAAACUAAUAUUUCUCAAGGUUCAUACACUGAUCUAGUGAACAGAGUGCUGAGUACAUUUUGCCCUGGAAAAUUCAUCAUCACAAUAUUUUCUACAAAGAACUCCGUUGCUGCUGAAUUUCACUCUGAGUUGAAGAUAUCUGCUAAGUUUAAGACCUGGAGAAGACAAGAUGUUCAAACCUGCAGUUUACAGAGUGGAGAAGUGACCUACGCCAACUUUGCUAAGUCUCCUUCCUGAGAAAUGUGGCAUCCUGGGUCCAGCCCUGGGACAUAAAUUCCAGAAAUCUGGAUCCUGCGUUCCUCAAACUUCUUAAACUCUUUAUUACCCAUGACAUUAAAACUACUUGUGAACGGUAACCACUGUUUAGUUCUAUUUCCAAGCUGCGGCAUUAAACUUAACUUGAUGCAUGCAAGUUAUUUAGUGCCUGUGUUUGUUUAGAAUUUUAUGUGUGACUUUGACGAACAGACAACAGUACAAUACUAUACAGUACAGUGCAGUGCAGUUCAGUAUGGUACGGUACCGUACAAUACAGUACAGUGCAGUGCAGUACAGUACAGUA